ACCAUGUCCAUGUGCAUGCGUACCGGACAAGGUUUGGGAAUUUCACACUGAACACCGUUCUUUGUAUAAAUAGCCCGAGGAAUUUGAUUCUGUGCGAGCGAGGCUUUUGGAUUCUAAAUUGCAGCUUCGAAUGGCAAAUUGAACGCUAAGUCUUCAAGCGCAGAGUCAGAGCACACACGAUACUAGAUCUAGAGAAGAUUCAGAUCCAUUUUCUCGAUGGUUUUCUCCGAGAAAAUGGACCAGUUCAUCGACAACUUGCCGCCGAUGGAUCUGAUGCGAUCGGAGAAGAUGACCUUCGUUCAACUCAUCAUCCCCGCCGAGUCCGCUCACCGAGCCAUCUCCUAUUUGGGCGAACUCGGCCUCCUCCAAUUCCGAGAUUUAAAUGCUGAAAAAAGCCCUUUCCAGAGAACGUUUGUUAAUCAGGUCAAGAGGUGUGCAGAAAUGUCAAGAAAGCUACGAUUCUUCAAGGAUCAAAUCAAUAAAGCUGGUCUAAUCUCUUCUACUCGUAUUGUAUUGCAACGGGACAUUGACUUAGAGGAUUUGGAGGUACAACUUGCUGAGCAUGAACAUGAGCUGAUUGAAAUGAACUCUAAUAGUGACAAACUUCGACAAUCAUAUAAUGAACUUCUGGAAUUCAAGAUUGUAUUGCAGAAGGCAUGCGGUUUUCUUGUUUCAAGUAAUGGCCAUGCUGUCUCGGACGAGAGAGAAUUACAGGAGAAUAUAUACUCAAAUGAUGACUAUGUUGAGACAGCAUCUUUGCUUGAACAGGAUAUGGUGCCUCAACCAUCAAAUCCAUCUGGUUUAAGAUUUAUCUGCGGGAUAAUCUGUAAAUCCAAGGUUCUUAGGUUUGAGAGAAUGUUGUUUCGAGCUACAAGGGGAAAUAUGCUUUUUAAUCAAGCACCAGCUGGUGAACAAAUCAUGGAUCCUGUUUCAACUGAGAUGAUUGAGAAAACAGUGUUCGUUGUGUUUUUCUCUGGGGAUCAGGCAAGAACAAAGAUUCUGAAGAUUUGUGAGGCAUUUGGUGCCAAUUGUUAUCCUGUUCCAGAAGAUAUAAGUAAGCAGAGGCAAAUAACUAGGGAGGUUUCUUCACGUCUUACUGACUUAGAGGCAACUUUGGAUGCUGGGAUUAGGCACCGGAACAAAGCUCUAGCUUCUAUCACCGACCAUCUAGCAAACUGGAUGAACAUGGUAAGAAGAGAGAAGGCCGUGUAUGAUACACUGAACAUGUUAAAUUUUGAUGUCACAAAAAAAUGCCUUGUUGGAGAGGGCUGGUGCCCUAUGUUUGCUAAAACACAGAUGCAGGAGGCGCUGCAACGUGCAACUUUUGAUAGUAAUUCUCAAGUUGGCAUAAUCUUCCAUCCGAUGGAUGCAGUGGAAUCACCUCCUACAUACUUUAGGACCAACACUUUCACAAGCCCAUAUCAGGAAAUUGUUGAUGCAUAUGGUGUUGCUAGAUACCAAGAAGCAAAUCCUGCAGUUUACACGACUGUUAUAUUCCCCUUCCUAUUUGCUUUGAUGUUUGGGGACUGGGGACAUGGAAUUUGCCUGUUACUGGGAGCGUUAGUUCUUAUAGUACGUGAAAACAAGCUCAGCACGCAGAAACUUGGAAGUUUUAUGGAGAUGCUAUUUGGUGGGCGCUAUAUUCUUCUUAUGAUGGCACUAUUUUCAAUCUAUUGUGGGUUAAUCUACAAUGAAUUCUUUUCUGUUCCUUUUCACAUAUUUGGUGCAUCAGCCUAUCAAUGCCGUGAUAGUUCAUGCAGGGAUGCACAUACUGUUGGCUUAAUCAAAUACCGAGAUCCAUACCCGUUUGGUGUGGAUCCCAGCUGGCGUGGAAGUCGUUCGGAAUUGUCUUUUCUUAACUCUCUGAAGAUGAAGAUGUCCAUUCUGUUUGGUGUGACCCAUAUGAACUUAGGAAUUUUAUUAAGUUAUUUCAAUGCUCGUUUCUUUGGAUGCUCACUGGAUAUAAGGUACCAGUUUGUGCCACAGAUGAUUUUCCUUAACAGUCUAUUUGGGUAUCUUUCCCUUCUCAUUAUUGUUAAGUGGUGUACUGGCUCUCAAGCGGACCUUUAUCAUGUAAUGAUAUAUAUGUUUUUAAGCCCCACAGACGAUCUUGGUGAGAAUCAGUUGUUCUGGGGCCAAAGACCACUUCAAAUUGUAUUAUUGCUUUUGGCCAUAGUUGCAGUUCCGUGGAUGCUCUUUCCAAAACCUUUUAUACUAAAGAAGCGGCACACUGAGAGAUUUCAAGGUCGUAGUUAUGGUCUUUUGAAUACUUCUGAGAUGGAUCUUGAGGUAGAACCAGAUUCUGCCAGGCAACAUCAUGAAGAAUUCAAUUUUAGUGAAGUUUUUGUUCACCAAAUGAUCCACUCCAUUGAGUUUAUUCUAGGUUCAGUUUCGAAUACAGCAUCAUAUCUUCGACUUUGGGCAUUAAGUUUGGCUCACUCAGAACUUUCUACUGUUUUCUAUGAGAAAGUCCUGCUUCUUGCUUGGGGGUAUGACAACCUUGUCAUUCGGUUGGUGGGGCUAGCUGUUUUUACCUUCGCAACUGCCUUUAUACUACUUAUGAUGGAGAGUCUUAGUGCUUUUCUUCAUGCUCUGCGGCUUCACUGGGUUGAAUUUCAAAAUAAAUUCUACCAUGGUGAUGGCUUCAAGUUCAAGCCCUUUUCAUUUGCCGCCUUAACAGAGGAAGACGAUUGAUCCAUUCUUAUCUCGCUUUUUUGGCAAAUACACGGAGGAAGACACAAUUGAAAGGAGCACAAGAUGAGAAUUUGUUGGAACCUCGAUGGUUCAGAAAUUUAGGUUUGCUUGAUAGAAUGGUGCUUUAUAUUGACCUAGCAACCAACAAAAGAAAGAAAUUCUUGCAUAUUUUCCUAUGGCUACGGUGGUAUAACUAUAAGUCUAUAGCAGUUCUCUGCCAAUGGUCAUGGAAAGCAUUUGCAUCGUGUAACUGAAUAUUUACCUUAUAGUUUUUUUUCCCUUCUUUUUAGAAUAGGAAACAGGAAGAGAUAGGCGAAGGGAAGGAACUGUUCUGACUAAAUUUUUUGUAAAGAGGAGCUGGGAUCCAUCAUAUAGUGUAGCUAUUGGAUUUUGGUUCUUUGGGGUUACAUAAAUAUACAUCAUGUAGCGGAGGUUUUGCCUGGAAAUAACAAAUGUCUCUGAAAUUUUCUUGUAUUAAUAAAUGAGAAGAUAGUGCCAUAAUUUUUUC